AAAAAAAUCUAUUUGCUUCUUUUGCAGAUUUUAACCCCAAUGAAAUCUUACAUGGUGUAAAUUUUUGCGCAACAAUCAGCAUUUAACUUAUAUAUAUUAUAUACUUUUGACGGUUUUCGUCUUCGUGGAACUCAACUAAUUUUUUUUUUUUUUCGCACUAGGGCCGACCGGGAUCCAGCAUCAAAGCAGAAGGCUGUAGAAGGAAUUUGAGGCGGAAGGGUCUUAAUCCUAUUAAUUGCCUUGUCUUAGGUAAUAGUAGAGGUGUGGAAACUUCGACUACGUACCACACUUUGAUUAAGCCCCGAAUCUUCUAUUCCAAAUGAAGGGCUUAUUCAACUCCAAAAAAUCCCCCAAGAAGCAGACGCCUGGGGAUAAUAGUAGUAGCAGCGAAUCUGCUCAUAGCCCUCAUCCCCAAGAAAAACUGCAACCUCAAGUCCCUCGUUCCGAACCGACUUCGCCUGUUAAACCGAAUUCCAGUUCCUCCCGAUCUUCUCCCACCAAGAAAUCCUCAACCCGCCCCGCAUCUCCUGCUCAGCGGGAGCAGCCUAAAUCGCGAAGCUCUCGCUCCUACGCGAGACACUCUUCUUCCGACCAGGGCUCUUCGUCCCGCCGCAAUAAGAUUGAUCCUAAUACACAUCCUCUCAAUUUGCACCCGGACGAAAUUAAACGCUUAUCUGCUCAGUAUAACAUGAGCAAUAGAAACUCCCUCGACAAGAUGGAUGUCGAUAAAGAAACUCCGGCGGUACCCCCCUCUUCGCCACCCCCUGCGCAGACGCAAGCCUCCUUCACCGUACCGGUCAAUUCACCCCCAACAAAUGGAGUGAAGAAUGGUGCCACAGAAGAGACAGAGGGACCGGCCCCUCCGCCACACCGAUCCAACCCCUCCAGCCCAGUGCCUACUGAUGCUGAAGCAGCUGAGGCUAAUAAGGCUAGCGGAAAUAAGUUCUUUAAACAAAAGGAUUAUGCUCGAGCAAUUGCUGAAUACACAAGCGGUACGUUGUUACAACCUAAACAUUCGAAGUUCCCCUUUCACUUAAAUAGAAAUUUGCUCACAUUAUUACUAGCUAUCCAACUUAUGCCCAAUGAACCAACAUACCUCAGUAACCGUGCUGCAGCUUUCAUGUCCGAUGGCCAAUACGAAUCAGCCUUAGAAGAUUGCACGCGAGCUGUCGACUUAGACCCCCAAAAUGCCAAGUAUUUGCUCCGUUUGGCACGAAUUUACACCAGUCUGGGACGUGCCGAUGAAGCAAUGACAACUUUUGGGCGAAUUCAACCACCUGCCUCUGCCAAGGAUCAGGCUGCCGCUAAGGAAAUGCAGCAACAUGUCAGAGCAGCCCAGGACGCUCUUGACCGUGGCACAAGUGGCUCCAUGGUUUUGCAUGCUUUGGACCAGGCUGAGAAGUUACUUGGACCCGGUGCGGUUAGGCCUAGAAAAUGGCAACUGAUGCGUGGAAAUGCUUACCUGAAAAUGGGAGGUGUUAAUUCCCUAGGAGAGGCGCAGAACGUGGCUAUGGCCCUUCUAAGACAAAAUAGUCAGGAUCCAGAAGCGCUGGUAUUACGUGGUCGUUCCCUGUAUGCCCAAGGGGAGAACGAUAAGGCUAUUCAACAUUUCCGAAAGGCAUUGAGUUGCGAUCCCGACUUCAAGGACGCUGUAAAAUGGCUUAGAACUGUACAAAAGCUAGACCGAAUGAAGGAGGAAGGCAAUGCUGAUUACAAGGCUGGCAGAUGGCAAGCCGCCUUCGACAAAUAUUCAUCCGCCCUAGAAGUGGAUCCUUCCAACAGAGGCACAAACUCAAAGCUUUACCAGAACCGAGCUUUGUGUCGUCUGAAGCUUAAGCAAUUCUCCGAGGCCAUCGCUGAUUGCGACCGAGCUAUUAGUCUGGAUUCUACCUAUGUAAAGGCUAGAAAGACAAAGGCGAAUGCGCUGGGUCAGGCCGAGAGAUGGGAAGAUGCUGUUCGUGAAUGGAAGUCCAUCCAGGAACUAGACCCCGAAGAUCGGACUAUUCCUAAAGAGAUCCGUAAAGCCGAAUUGGAACUUAAGAAGAGCCAGCGAAAAGAUUAUUACAAGAUCCUCAACGUUGGCAAGGAUGCCGAUGAAAAUGCCAUCAAGAAGGCUUACCGCAAGCUGGCUAUUAUUCACCACCCGGACAAGAACCCUAAUGACGAAGAAGCCGCUGAACGAUUCAAGGAUAUUGGUGAAGCCUAUGAAACCUUGAGCGAUCCUCAGAAACGCGCCCGAUACGAUAGUGGUGAGGAUUUGAUGGACCCAUCCGAUAUGUUCGGCGGUGGUAUGGGUGGUGGAAUGGGCGGCGGCAUCGACCCAGAGAUUCUGUUCAGCAUGAUGAAUGGCGGUGCAUCUUUUGGUGGAGCCCAGGGUUUUGGUGGUGGCGGCUAUGGUGGUCGCACACGCGCACAGGGAUUUCCAAGUGGAUUCCACUUUGGUUGACAAUCCGAGUCCGACGAGGAAGUUUUCCAUGGCGAGUCUGAUUGCAACCAAGAUG